AUGGCAGCAGUUGACGGUUUCACCAUCCCCAUCCAGCCUUUUUCCAAUGGACAUGGGCAGGAUUACAGUCCGCCGAUUAACCUCGGCCCCAAGGAGAAAGUGACCGUCGAGGUCAAAAGUACACCCACCUCCGAGCCCAUACCCACUCCCGAAUCAAAAUCGGCCCCGGCUUCUAAGCCAGUAUUCCAGCUGGAAGAACAUCCUGUUGACGAAGUAAAGCCCAUUAAAGUGGGUGUCAUUGGUGCGGGAUUGACAGGUGUCACUGCUGGUGCGCUGUUACCAGCCAAGGUACCGGGUUUGGAUUUGCGCAUUUACGAUAAGAAUGCGGACGUGGGAGGAACUUGGUUCGAAAAUACGUAUCCCGGGGUUCGAUGUGAUGUCCCCGCGCAUGUGUAUCAGUCUGGAUUUGCGCCGAAUACGCAAUGGACUGAGGAGUUUGCGCAAGGCCAUGAGAUCAGAGACUACUGGAGGAGCGUUGCACAGAAGUAUAACGUCUACCAAUAUCUGCGACUGCAACAACAGGUAGAAAGUGCUGAAUGGAUUCCUGAAAAGGCGAAGUGGAAAGUCACUUUGCAGGAUUUAGCUAAUUCCAAGACCUACGUUGAAGAACUUGAUAUUGUAAUCAACGCCAUUGGCCACUUCAACGCCUGGAAAUUCCCCGACUACCCCGGAAUCAACGAGUACAAAGGAGCCCUCUUUCAUUCGUCCAACUGGGACCACAAUGUUGAUCUGAAAGACAAACGAGUUGCCCUAAUUGGUAACGGCGCAUCGGGCCUCCAAGUCCUUCCAUCUGUCCAACCAAUUGCCGCGCAUGUCGACCACUACGCCCGAAACCGCACCUGGAUCGCAGACUCCUUUGGCGCAGUCGGUGUCCGCCGAUUAGAGCCAAAUAUCUUCCCAGAAGAACAACGCGAGUCCUUCAAAGACCCGAAAGCCUACCUAGAAUACCGCCGCGGAGUCGAAAAGGGCUACUUCCAGCGCUUCGGGGCUAUCUUCAAAGACUCCCCAGAGAACCAAGAACAACGCGAUCAAUGGAGUGAGCUCAUGCUAAAACGAGUCUCCGACAAACCAGACCUAUCCGACAAAAUCAUCCCAGACUUUCCGCCAAGCUGCCGUCGUCCUACCCCGGGUCCGGGAUACCUCGAAGCCCUAACCAAAGAGAACGUCUCAUACAUCCAGACCCCCAUCUCACACUUUACGGAAACGGGUAUCGUAACCAAGGACGGCGAACCCCGCGACGUAGACGUGGUCAUCUGCUCCACCGGCGCAAACAGAGACCACGCACCCCCCUUCCCCAUCACUGCCAACGGCUACAACCUCCAAACAGACUGGCAGCACUCUGGCCGCUGGGGCUUUCCCUAUACAUAUCUGGGCGUAGCAACACCGCACUUCCCGAACCUCCUCUGGCUCGGAGGCCCUUAUUCCAGCGGACACAGUGGGACUGUCCCCAACGCUGUCGAGAACCAAGUCACCUACAUCGCAAAGGUGCUCCGCAAAGUGCGCGGGCAGGGCAUCCGCACCAUCGUGCCCUCCAAAGCCGCAGCGGAUGACUUUGUGCAGUACUGCGAUGCAUUCUACCCGCGCACCGUGUGGUCUGCAAACUGUUCAUCUUGGUAUAACGGUGGACGACCCGGGGGGCGAGUUCACGGGUUAUUCCCGGGCAGUGCAACGCUUUCAAAUAUCGUGCGACGGGACCCAAGAUGGGAGGACUUUGAGUAUACGUAUGAAAAUGGGAGCGGAAAUCGAUUUGCGUGGUUUGGAAAUGGAUGGUCGAAGCGGGAGUUGGCGGCGAAGCAAGGCGAGGAAGUGGAGUUGACGCCGCAUUUGCGGCUGCCAGAGGAGAUUGAUUUGAGGGUGCAUUUGGAGGGGUGGUGGGAUGUCUGA